AUGGCCUCUCAUCCACGGGGUACGACUGGUACAACUGAACUUGUCCUGAGACUCGCAUCAUUACUCAAUCUCUCCCUCUCUUUUCCGUCUGCAUCGGCGUCGUCUGGUCUUUGUGACGAAACGAAGCCGUUCUGCAAUCGUUGUCGCAAGAGCAAACGCCAAUGCCCUGGCUAUCCCGUACCGCGGCUCUACAACGACGGUCGCAAGCCAACUAAGAAAGGGACGACCACAUCAAGCGACUUGUCAUCAUCAAGUGAUGAGGACGAGUUUUUCAAUGAUCAUUGGCGGGUCCACGCUGCACAGAGAGCAGCCGCAGCCUCGUCCUCCCUCGACUCAACCAUCAAGAUUCCCCUGCAAGACGCCGCCUCCUGCCACUUCCUCUCCAAUUGGGUUCUGCUCCCGCCCGAGGGAACCAAUCGCGGCUUUUUCGAAUUCCUGCUCCCAAUACAGAAGAAGGCCACGCGAGGUAGCCCCUUCUACCUGGCCUUCAAGGCCUGCGCGCUCUCGUCCCUCACCCAGAAAGGCUUCGAUCCUACCAUUGAGCGGCAGGCCACUUCAUACUACGUCAAAGCCUUGGCGGCCACUACAGACGCCCUGUCCCGUCCUAGCGUCGCCACGAGCGAUGCCACUCUGGCAACAGUGAUGCUUCUCGGAUUGUAUGAGAUCCAGUCAGCGAGUGGGCGUGGAGUUGAAGGAUGGGUCGCCCACGCUUCCGGGUCCAUGCAGCUGAUGAAUAGCAGAAGCUGGAAGAAGCUCAACACUGAUCUUGGUAUGAGUAUUUUCGUCGCAGUGCGGGUCAACUUGAUUCUACUUGGUCUACUGCAGGGGAAGCCUCCCCCAACCAGUUCAGAAUGGUGGGGUAAGGGGACGUUCAAGGACAAGUACGCCUUGGUAGGACUUCACCUGUCGACAUUAACGACAGAGGUCAGACAUCAGCUAGACAAUUUGCUGGACCUCGAAUACGCUACACUUGAUGACUUUGACCAACUGUCCGCCAUCAUGAAGAAGUGCCAGGUCCUCGAAGCGCACUGCCGCGGCUGGCCCGACACUCUACCCGAGUACUUUAAAUUCAACAUUGCAGCGUGGAUCAGCCACCCACCAACUGACCCGGCCAAGUCGGAGGCGCUCUUCGGUCCCGUACACAGCUACAGUGACCCAUGGGUUGGAGCCAUCUGGAAUAUGGUCCGAACCUCUCGGCUCAUCCUCCUCACUUCAAUACUGCGAUGCUCCGCCCUCAUACAUGAACGCACCGACGUGAAAACGCUACCAGAAUAUCCCGACGUAGCGAAGCUAUGCAUAGACGUCAUCCACGAGGCCAUAGCAGGAGUGCCGUACCAGUUGGGCUGGUUCAAGAACCGCACGGCGCUGCUCCCGACCAUGCCGAGCUACGCGUGCGGGCAGAAUGGAGCGCAGAGCACGCUCGCCGCGUUCACCGCCAUGUUUCCGUUGACAAGCAUACGAGAUCACGAAUUGGCCACAGACGAGCAGCGUGUGUUUGCCGAGGCUCGACUGCAGUUUAUGGCGCAUAAUCUCGGCCUUCGAAGCGCGGCGUUUGUAGAAAAGGCGGCGGGAUGGAUUCCUUCCGCUGCGAUACUGAAGGAUUUCGACUCGCGGAGUGCGAUGGAGUGGCGGCGCUUGCGGGCCGAAGUGUCUAAAGCCGCCGCUGCCGCUGAACCGUUGAAAAACAUCCCUGUCGGUGAUGCAACUGUUGCACCGGUGGAAGAUGCCGCUACUGGCAACGACCGUGCCUGUGAAAGUUCGGAGCUACCUGUUCGCCUUGAGCCAAAGGGGGCCAAGGAAGAGCCACUCCCAAAGCAAGAGCCUCAGUAG